AUGCUUAAUUUUGAUUCCGUUGUUGCGAUUGGUCUAAAUAAAAAAGAAGACUUUUUUAAAAUAAUACUUACAUAUUAUUUUGAAUUUCAUAUUGAACAAUAUAAAAUAAAAAAACAUUUAUAUAAGGUUUAUUAUUCUACGAAUUUUUUUUACAGUGUAGGUGGUGAUCAUGUUCAAGCUGGUCAUGUAUGGAAAGAUUAUAUUGCAGCUGUAGAUUCGAUUGUGUUUCUUGUUGACACAAUUGAUCGAAGUCGUUUUGCUAAAGCAAAAGAAGAACUUGAUAAUUUAUUAACAGAUGAACAAAUUGCUGGUGCACCAAUUGUUGUACUUGGUACUAAAAGUGAUUUACCAGAAGCUGCUACUGAAGAAAAACUUCGUCAAGAGCUUGGUGUAUUUUCUGUAAUAACAGAAGUAAAAUAA